AUGGCCUAUUGCGGCCUGGGAAAAGCUUCCUCGGCCUCCUUCCCACCCCCCCACCAAGGAGAAUCUACCAGCAGCAGCAGCAGCAGCAGGACCAAAGGGGCCCCACGGAGUCGGCCCAGCCUCUUUGCCCGGAUGCCGCGGGAGGCCUCUCCUUCUGCCGGAAUCCCCUGCGCUGCGGGACUCUUGCGAAGGAAGCUGCCGGCCAAACAGGCAAUGCCUCUGCAGCGCAGCACUCUGCGGCCGCCCCAGGAGCCAGGCCUCCCCCAGCCUUGUGUGGGGGGCUGUCCAGUCCCAGGGGCCCUCCAACAGGGGAGAGUGGCCUGCUGGGAGCCACACCGAGGUUCCUGCUGCAGGCUUCCCCUUCAGAACGCGGCCCAGGAAUACCCCCUGGAGCACCCAGGGGACCGGUGGCUGUACCUCUCUUCAGCGCCCCCGCGCCCCCUUCAGCAGCAGUCGAGCUCUGGCGGAGAUUUCGCCCUGGCCCGGUGGGGCUUCCUGCCCAGCGGCCUCUUUGUGGUGUCGGCCAAGCUGAGCAGAGAGAGGGAUGCCCAGCCACGGCUGCCUUUGUCUUCCAACAUCUGCAUCCUGACCCUGGCCAUGAUGAUUGCUGGCAUUCCCACAAUCCCUGUGCCCGGGGUGCGUGAAGAAGACAUGAUCCAUGCUGCCCAGUGCUUCAUGGCGGAGAACCUCAACUCUGGCGAGGUCCAAGGGGAGGGAGCCCAGAGGAGGAGCUGGUCGGCCUUGCAGCGCCUUGGGCCUUCCUGCAAGAGGGGCCGGCAGCGCAGGCGGGCGACCCACCAAAGCCUCUUGCCUCUGUUUCUUGCCCAGCUGGAGAAGUAA